AUGGAUGACACUGGGACAAGGAAGAAACAUCAUAGUAGGAGCCCUCAUCCAUCUCACCACAAGUCGGUGAAAAAGAAAUCUGCAUCAAGGCACAGAGGUGACAGCAGCAGUCCUUCACCUACAAGAAGGCGUUCAACCCUCUCCAAAUACCAUGCUGAGGUUUCAAGGAAAGUAGAACGGAAAACGUGGAAAAAGGAAGUUGAGCAUAUCAUCUUCUGCAUCCUCCUCCUCACCAGAAAGAAAGAAGAAGAAAAGGAAAGCUGCAAAAUCAUCAUCUUCCCCCUCAUCUUCAUCAUCAUCAUCUACUUCUUCAGAUAGCUCCAGCUCAUCAUCUUCCUCUUCAGAUGAAUCUAGUGACAGUUCUAAACACAAGAGACAUCACAAAAAGAAAAAGUACAGGAAGGGUAAAAAGAAAAAGAAGCUGAAAAAGAAAAGCAAAAAAUCCAAAAAAACGAGCUUGCCUAAAAUGAAGGCUCAGGAGGCCAAGAGCAGAACAGAAGAACCCCUUCAUGGACCAUCUUUAGAGUUGCCUCAGGAGUCUUUGGAAGAAAUUGGUCCAGUGUUGACUGAUGAGCAGAAGAGCCGUAUUCAGGCAAUGAAGCCAAUGACGAAGGAGGAGUGGGAUGCACGGCAGAGUGUUAUCCGAAGAGUCAUGGAUCCUGAAACCGGGAGAGUGAGGCUUAUUAAAGGAGAUGGUGAAGUAUUAGAAGAAAUUGUAAGCAGGGACAGACACAGAGAGAUCAACAAGCAAGCUACAACGAAUGACGGGCUGACUUUCCAAAUGAGGUCUGGGAUAAUCUAA